AUGGAGGGGUUUGCCUCUCGGUGCGGUGAAAGGAAUAGCUGGACAGACAAGAUUGAAGGUAUAAUGGAUGUAACUGUCAAAGGUUCUCAGGGGCAUGCUGGUACGGUUCCAAUGUCUAUGCGUCAGGACCCUAUGUCAGCUGCAGCUAAACUCAUUGUGUUACUAGAAAGUCUUUGUAAACGUCCUGAAGAUUUUCUUUCUUUCAAUGGUCACUACAAGGAUACGACAGUGCAGUCACUUUCCACUUCACUUGUUUGCACUGUUGGAGAGAUAUCAUCGUGGCCAAGUGCAAGUAAUGUCAUUCCAGGCCAAGUGGUAUUCACGGUGGAUGUACGUGCAAUAGAUGAUAUGGGACGUGAAGCGGUGAUCUAUGAAUUAUCUAAAUAUUGGAGCUGGAGCAUGGAUGCUUUUGGUGGAAAAGCUACUUUGUUUAUCUAA